UGGAACCCAGCCCUCCUCUUCUGAUUUGUUUCGGUUUCAGUCUGUCUACCAACGUCAUGAUGACGUUUCCCGGUAGAGGCCUAUUUAAGGGGCAAUAAACAGGAGUCGAUCAGAAGAAGAAAAUACCACCACCAGGAAGGAAGGAGAAGAAGAAGAGGAACAUAUAAGUUCGGCUCGUGCUGGCUGCCUAGGUGGGGACAGCUGUGGCUGUGGCUGUUCCUAGUGGUGGAAGAAGAAGCUGUGGCGAGCGGAACAGUGGUUCCCAUUUCAUUGUGUUUCUGUUCGUACGCGCGCUUAGGAAACAUGAUCGCUCAUCCGCAUAUUCUGAAGCAGCUCAGCUUGGUCCCGUACUUUGGCUGUAUAUUUGGGUUUGCUUCGCUUACAGGCAUCUACUUCAUUGCCUUGAUAAAUCAUGACAUCGAGCCCUUCAUGUCGUACGUAAGUGAUGCAGCCGGAGACCCGCCUCAAAGUGGACUCUUCGGAAUGUGCAUGGUUGUCUUGGUUCUGCUUGCCACUCCUGUGUUGUUCAUGAUGUACAUGCGCAACAAAUUUGAGCUGGAGAUUGCGCAAAACGUUUCUCGGAAAUCGACUUUGGAAAUGCUUAACGUGUGCAUCGCUGUUUUCAGCUCGGCUUCAUGUCUUGGCAUGACCAUUGUGGUCGUCAACCCACUGUCACACCUUCGUAGAGACGGACAAUGGGUGGACCCCAUACUGAUUCCUCAUCUCAUCGGAGCUGUCCUCUUCUUUUCAACUGCACUUCUACACGUUCUAGCCCAGUCAUACCUGCAGUACAAGCUGUCAUCCAGCUUAAAAGAUAUGAAGACCAAGGUCCUUAUAUCAGCAAUUGCCGUCAUUUCCACAGUUCUUUUAAUGUCUUACGCACCCAUACAGCCGGACCCGUGGAGAACAAUGGAUCCUUAUUACAGGUUCAACCGGCAUAGGAUCAGUUUGCACAAUGCGCUUGUGAACUUGCACCGUAUGGGGUUUCUGGAUGCCGACGAUGAGCUCCACGAUCGCGUGAAUGAAACCUGGAUCACACGCAGCGCCAGAAGUUACCCCAAACACGCCUUCUGGUCCAUAGCUUCGGAGUGGAUAUUUCUCUUCAACUACCUCGCAUUCUACGCGACUUUCGCCACUGACUUAAAUGGUUUCAACUUCGCCCUUGACCUCUACAUGCCUGCCAUGCCUGCUGAGGCUGCCGCUCCACCAAGAGACGACUCAAGGGCCAAUCUUAUAGCCGAAGAGGUUCCAGAAGAGCCAGCUCCGUUGCAACCUGGAGCUUCUUCAGGAGAGCGUGGACCACAGUCCGGACUGCGGUCCCCUCGAGGUCACUCUGCUCUGUCGCAGUCUCCCACAUCUGGAAGUCACUCCCGUCAAGUCAAAAGACACAAUUCUCAGCCCAAACACGCGGCGAAAUCUAAAUCUUCCAGCGGUAGCCGGUCAGCACAGCUGGAAAUCGUCGAUACGGGUAACGCAGAUGGCAAGGGACGGAAGGACACUCGUGGAAAACCAGUGAAUGCACAACUACACGAGGAAGUUGCUGAAGUAGAUGCGGCUACCGGGCGUGCUGGCGAUCCAUCUCCCACACACAAUAGAACAGAGUAGAGGAAGUAUAGCAACAGAGUAUAAAAUGUACAAGUUGA